AUGCCACUUUUUGCAAUAAUAUCUACAGUAAUCAUAUUCAAUUUAUUCCUUUUUAUAUGCACAUCAGGAAAACAAACGGCACCGCAAAAAAAUAAAAUAAUGAAACGGGAAAAUGUGAAGAAAACUUCGAAAAAUAAAAAAGUAAUUAAAAAGAAAUAUGAAGAAAUUAAAAAAUCGAAAGAAUCAGAUUCAAAUGAAGAGGAAAAAAGAACAAUAAAAACUGAUAAAAUGACACAAAAAUCGAAAAGAAUGAAAAAUGAUGAAGAAGAUGUUGAAUUCAAAAUUGAUUUGAAUAAAAUUCAAAACCGAGAACCAGCAACUGAUUUGGAAUCUUAUGAAGAAGAUCAUAUUCGAACAAAUCCUUUGUCAAAACGUAACGGAGCUCAAAAAGUAAUGCUAGAAAAUCCAAAAAAUUACGAUUUGAAAUUCAUGAAAUUAGCGGCAGCUGGAAGUUCAAAGCGAAAACCAAAUGGGAGAGUAGGUAAAGAGUUUUUGUUUCAGAUAUUGCUUAGGUUGAAACUCAUAAAUUGGUACAUAAAACAUUUCUAGAGCUAAAAAUAUUGUUUUCAGAUUCUUGUCGAGCGGCUCCUCGUUUCCCUUGUGAUUGUGAGAAAAAAGAAUCCGUCAAAAUGUACAUUUAA